GGGGGUGUAUCUAUUCCACACAGGAGGCUCAGAUGGCCAGACAAGACCACGCACGCAGGCCCAUCAAUGCUGCUGAAUGGAUCAACAGUUGACGUCUGUUAAGUGUGGUGGGGGACCCCCUUCAAGGUUUCAUCACUGACUCUACAGUACAGUACAUAUGUAUGUGCCCAUUGCCUAUAUAGGACUACGGUACAGAUAGAGGGUGAGUGAAGACUGCUGAGAGAUGACGGACCUGGAGGCAUCGACAGUGGGUGAACCCCCUCCCCCAUACAUGAUCUUCCUCCUGGUUUUCUUCUUCUUCAUCACGGGCCUCCUGGGUUUCCUGGUCUGCCACCUUCUGAAGAAGAAGGGCUACCGCUGCAGGACAGGGGAGGAGGAAGAUGAAGAUGAGGAGGAGUGUGAGCAGAAACUGGGACCAGACAAGAAUGCUUGGGGGCAAGCUGCUUCGUCAGACAAUCUUUCAUAUGUUACAGAUGAUGAAGAAGGGGACCAUCAAGACACUGUUGAACAAAUCCUGAAGUGCAUCAUUGAAAAUGAAGCCAACAUGGAAGCCUUCAAGGAGAUGCUAGGAAAAAAGGAUAUUUGUGAACAUCAUGAUCCUACGUUACUGCGCAAAGAGAGCCUGGGUGGUAUUCCACCUCAUCACCACACCGUGCACUCUGGAGCCCAGCUUGACCACAAGUCCUGCACACUCUGUGUGCAAGGGCGCACCAAGAAGGCCCGACGCCGGAGCCGUGUACCUCGGACCAAUAAGCCGAGAACGCCGGGAGAGAGGAGAGAGUCCACUGUGUUCGCUGUGGGAAGGUUCCGAGUCACCCACAUGGACAAAAAGGAUCAGGGGUCUGGCGACCAGUUAGACCAAUCGGAGGCCCUGGAUAGUGAGAAGGGGGAUGAGGAGGACCCCCAGAGGAAGGAGGGGUACAACCUGCGGAGCAUGUUCAAAGACGUCAAAACGGACAGCACCAAUGGUGUGGUUCCCAUCGCGGCCAAGCGGAAGAAUAGUCUGGUUCUGUUCUCACCACGCAGAGGUAGUGAUCCAGUGGGGGCCAAAAUGCCACUGAGCCAGCCCAUGGUAGAAGAGGAACCCCUCUUCACUGCUCCAGUGAAGACUGCUCGAGUGCAGACCUCCAGCCCUGUUAAGAUCCUGUCGUCCCAGCCCAGCCUGGACUCUGGUGCACCUGACGACACUGAUAUGGCUCCUGUUAAAAUGUACCCCACUAGGGUCACUUUUGUAGUGUCCCCCACUGAGAGUCCCGUACCAGUCACUCCCAACGCAAGUCCAGGAGGUGUCUCCCCUCUAACACCCCCAAUGCAAGAUUCCCCCACCACCACCCCAGUACAAGUCACCCCCAUGACCCCUGAGAUAUUACCCCUUACCCAAGGCUCCUAUAAUAACCCUAGUCUUAGCGCCUUAAAUGUCUCUCUUACCCCUACCCCUGUACAAGCCUCUCCAACCUCUAACCUCUUGAAUGUCUCCCCUGACCUGUCCUCCAGAAAAGUGUUCCCCUCCCCUACUCCCUUAAAUGUUUCUCCUACCCCUUCCCCCAUACAAGUCUCCCCUGGCCUCUCGUCCAGAAAAGUGUUUCGUUCCUCUAGCCCGUUAAAUGUCUCCCCUGCCCCUACUCCCUUAAAUCUCUCUCCUGCCUCUACCCCCUUAAUGGUGUCCCCCACCACUCUACCCCGUAGCAUUCUAAAGAAUACUACUACUUUUGUCAAGGUGGACGAAACCUCACCCACCACGAAAGGGCCAGAGGACAAGGUUGAGAGCCUUGCUACUGUCAGGGCCGACAAAGUUUCCCCCACUGCUGUUCCUGUGAAAGUCUGCCCCACUGUGGACCCCAUGAAAGUCUCCCCCACCUCAACCUCCGUCAAGAUCUCCCCCACCAGCGGAGGCCCUUUAGAGGACAAGCUGGAGGUGGGGAGUGUUACCAUAGUCAAAGCCAGCCCGGACAGUCAGAUGGAGUUCUCUGUGGUGCGUACGGCUGAGGUAAUGAAGGAGGAGGAAGAGGAGGACCCUGCUGUGGCUCAGAGCCCCCCAGAGAAAGGGAAGGAUGAUGAGGUGGAGAUGGAGGACAUAAAGGACUGUCGGGUCAGCCAGGAGGAGGGCGUGUCUCUGGAGGAGAAGAGGAGAUCAGUGCACAGUCAGCACAAGUGGUGAAAGAGAGAGAGAGAGAGAAAGAGAGAGGACACGCUGGGAUGGGGGAGGGGGAAAGACUGGCCACACCCAACUGUGACAAACGGAUAUAUUGCAAUACUACGGAGGUAAACCAACCAGGCCAUGUCAAAACUGAACUAUACCAGACUGAGACUGGCUGUCUGGAACCAACUAGACCUUGACAUGGCUUUAAAACGGCGGGGACGUACCAGCAAGGCUGUGAUUUAUUCAUUGAUAUAGACAAGUUGUGGUUAGCUAAGCACUGGCACCUUAUAUCCAGAUGUAUUGAUCUUAAACGCUUGCAUAAUGUGGCUAACAGCACAGCUACAGUACUACUUCAAUUAUCAACAGACAGUGCAAGCCCAGGCCUCCAUCUACAAGUGCACUUUUUGAAAACACUGCUCACAGACUACAUUUUACAACAAUCAACUUUAACCCCAACAAUCAACUACACCACAGUGUAAAUCGACCAACAGCAAAUAACGGGGGUGUAUUUACAAGGAACGAAGUAGAAGCAAAAUAGCCGAAACAGGGAGGGACCUACCUGAUUUUGUCCAAUGAGAAAGCUCCACCACCAGAGAAGGGAAGACCCCUACACGUCCAUCCAGCUCUUCCUCCCGGAAGCUGUCCUCCACCUCUCCCUGGUGGUAACGCAGCAGUCUGAUGACCGCCACUUCUAGGAAGGUCAGCUCCUCUGCACCCUGGCCCUGGUACUCAUUCAGUGCCCACGCCAAACUUGCAUCACAGAGCACACCCACACUCGGAAAUGAGAGACAAUAAUACAUGGGAAAACGUUGUUUACAUGACCAAUGAUAAACAAGAUGGAGACACAGUAAUAUCAAUUACACAUUGAACCUGGAAUUUGGUGAAUCAUCUCACAAACAUUCAGAGGUGGGAGAGAGGAACUGGCUUUCUGGUUAUUGUUUAGUGAUGAUUCUUAAGAGAGGAGAGCUUCUACUAACCCCCAGAGUGAGGGAAGCGUCCCUGCACCUUCUUGGAGUGUUCUGAUGAAGAGCCGGAGCUGUACAAGGACCAGUCCUGCUGGGGACCAGGGAUGCCCAGCUUAAGGUAGGCAGAGGAGCCUUCUGCUAGGGACAACAGGAACUGCUGGUAACUCUCAGGGACAUAGCCAACCUGGCCUGCUGCAUUAUGGGCCUGCAAAAAGAGCACACAUGCAGUGAUGCUCAAAAUUAGGGCUUUAUUUUGACAUUAGGUGAACAAAACAUGGCUUUAUGGAUAGUGUAGUCAGGUAGAGUUUGACUUCAUAGAUGUGUAAAGUAAGCUAGUAUAAUAGUCUUUUAAUUCAAUUAUGGCAUCUCAAUAUUUUUCAAAGGAUGAGGUUGCGACAUAGUACCUCUUUCUCACACAGGAAGAGCAGUAGUGUAUUUACUCUGUGCUGAGUAUAAACAAGAUGUGGGGAGACUGCAGCAGUUUGGUAGAGAGUAAAUGUACUGUAGUAAAUGUAUGGGACCAACUGACUGCUACAGGAAAUAGCACUGUUCAUUGAGGCAUAAGAUGCRUCCUAAAUGGCAACCUAUUUCCUCUAUGGCACCCUAUUAGCCCAUAGGCCUCUGGUCAAAAAUAGUGCACAAUAUAUAGAGAAUAGGCUGCCAUCUGUGGCGCAGCCAGAGAGAAACCUGUCCUUUACCUUCAGCCAGUCCUCCAUGUCUCCAUCCUCUAUCACCUGAAGCUCCUCCCCCUCUGUGAUUGAUAGGCUCAUCUCUUAGCAGGCCUACAAGAAGAUGGGCGGGGCCAGUUGCGCACUAUAAAACCUGAGACUAAAAUCCCAUUCCUGUAAUAUUGACUUUGCACGCUUUCAUUUCCAAAACAGUAAGUUAUGAUAUUCUCACCUGAUAGCUGUAGAGAACCCUGCAAGCCAAGGGGUAUCCGCACGGCAUCGAGCACAAAGUUGAAUCAAUGAAAGCGUCACCAUAUUUAUCAUAUUCGUCAAAGUCUGUAAACUCAGACUCGCUCUCUGAGAUGUCUUCGUUGGACAUAUGUGCCUCGCUCAGCCUCCUGUCCCUCUCUAGCUACUCGUCUGCCUGGGUCAUGGCGGUGCUCGCCAGCCUGGACUCCUGGCUAACCUGGACACACACACAUGCACCUUUCUACCACCCGUCACCCCUCCCACACGUCUCUCACAGGCACUUUGUACCAGAUUGAUUUUACUCAGUCAUCCCUUUUACAGCCACACCUAACACACUGUCACACCUCAGACAUAAUACAUCAACACCUUAAAGAUGGAAUCUGCAUUUGGAGAAACAGCACCACUGUUCGCCCCAGCACCUUUGUUAUUGUUUUGUUGAUUAAUCAGAAGAGAGGAGUGUCCGGCAGAGUGGUAAAAAAAAUCACACGUGCAGUGAUGUCUGAAGGGGGACGACAACGACGACGACAGUGUUUGUUGUUUGCUGUAACUUCUUUGUUGCUGUAAUAUCCCAAAUGGAUGUGGCAGUUUCACCAAUUAAGGAUUAUAGAUUUCAUCAUUAUACGGCACAGCAAAGAAAGGGUUGUAGUCAACAAGGACAUCUGGGGUGGGCAUUAGCAUCAUACUAGAUUAAUAUUAGCAGCAUAUUGUCUGCAUUAUUCUUCCUAAACCCAACGUCUGUCCCGUAAAGUAAAGUAAAGAAACAUGGUUUUCCAGGCCACAGCAAAAUCUUGAUAUCCAUUUUUUAAGACAAAGACAACAGCAGGAGGAGGUGGGUGAGGUGUGUGGAUUGAAUGAACAGUGCCAACUGACUCAUGGUGCCAGCAGCAUUUGCAUUUGUCCUUGUGUGAUGUGGGAAGUAGACAGUGACUCACGCAUUCCAUUCGGAUACAGAUACAGGGCACCCACCUGCCACAAUGGGCCAGGCAGAGCGGAGAAGAGAGCCCUGCCAUUAGAUCUACAAAAGGGAUCUAGUAGUACAAAGCAUCCUGCAUCUGCAGAGGCUUGGCUAUAGGCCUAGGACACAUGAUGCAGCCUUCGUUUCUUUCUUCAUCACACACACCACUCACAUAGCAUAAAAUAACUUAGUCCACCUCUGCAGAAGGCUAACACGGGUGAAUAAAAGAGGA